AUGGCAAUCAAGAAGAUCAAUGAAUUGAUGGAAAAUAAGAAAAAGGAAUUCAACCCUCUUUUUAACUUUAGUUUGAAUAAAAUAUUAUCCCAAGAGGCUCCACAAUUUUAUACUGAACAAGAGUUAGCACAAAUAGAUGAAAUCAGUGAAAGUUUUGGUUUAGGUAGCACAUGCACAAUGAAAGGAGAGAAAGUGAAUAACAAAGAAAGAUGUUGCUCAAUUGAUGAAAGUAGCAUGUCUCAUCAUGAAGAAAGAAUAGCGAAAUCAAAGCCAAAGGAGAAGAGGGAACCAAAAAAACAAGACAAGGAAACCGUGCCAUCAUCACCACCAAAAUUGCCUACUCGUGUCGAGAACAAAAUCAAAGAGUUGAAUGGCCGUGAUAUCAAAUAUAUCAUGUGUAAGAAAUUAUAUUCGUCAGAUCUCGACGAAGAUAAAAAUCGUCUUUCAAUGCCGAUUAAAAAAGAAAAUCUUGAUUUUCUCCUUGACAUAGAAAAGGAGACAUUAGAGGAUCAAAAGGAUAAACCGGGGGGUGACUUAAAAGUGAUUAUGUUGGACCCUUGUUUCAGAAACUUCACAAUGUCUUUGAGGAAGUGGUACAUGGGCACUAGUAGUGUUUACAAUCUUGUACAAAAUUGGAAACAUGUUUUAUCAGAAAAUAAAUUUGAAAUAGCUCAACUUCUCAAUAUUUGGUCGUUUAGAGACGUCCACAACAAGUUAUGCUUUGUACUUGUUGAUGAUAAGAAGUCUGUAAUUGAAGGAUGUGAAAAGUUGGAGAAUCCAGUUGACUUAUCAAACAUGAAGAAAACAAUAAAAAUAAAAGCUCAAAGGGUGAGGAAUUAA